AUGGCAAUAGAAGGCAAGUUUAAAAAGAAAAAUGAAAAAAAGCCUCCGGUCGUGAGCGAGAAGGCACAGCCUGGCGAAGGUGAUAACACAAACCGUCCCAGCAAGAUCGUCUUCGGCGAUGACGGUGAGCAGAAAAUCGUCCCAAUCGAUUAUUCGGCAGAUGCUGCCACAGGUAAACCUCGACAGGGUGGCAAAAAAAGGAUGCAUGCGAAAAGCGGCAGGUUUGCCGGCAAUGAUAACGACGACGAUGGGGACGGUGAUGGUGACGAAAACGAUGAUCAGCUAGCAAAGCGAUGGUACGAGCAUUACGAAAGCUACAAUACUACUGUUGGUGAAGUGGAGGAUUUAAAGGAUGUCGAAAUUACGGAAUUGCGCAAUCUCUGCCGGUCUGCGUUUGAGACCGAAUGCUGGGCACGCAAAAAGAACGAUCCAUCUGACGCCAAGUGGUUGCAAAGCGCCCUUGAGAAAGGUACGAUGCGUGAUCGCGCCAAUGCCGGCGCAUUGCUUGUGCAGACCAAUCCACUCUGCCAUUUGUCUGCGCUGGAGACGCUCAUCGGCAUGGUAAAACAAUCGAAUAAGGGUUACCUGGAUGUGGUCGAGGUGCUGACGGAGCUGAUACUAAAAUCGUUAAUGCCCAGCUAUCGUAAACUUAUUCCGAUUCCGUUGCGUGGCAACGACUGGAAGAAGGUUCAAAAGCAGGAAUUCGCGAAGGGGGUACGAGAAACGAUCUACGCCACAUGGCACUUUGAGGAUCAACUACGCGAGCAAUACAGGACCUUCGUCACCAACUUGACGACGAUUUUGCACACCGGUCAGGAUGCGGGCAAGCUCAAAACAAUCGCGUACACGGCGCGGUUAUUCAUGAACGUACCGGAAAUGGAGCGCCUGCUGUUAACCGCACUCGUCAACAAAUUGGGCGAUCCGUCACGUGUAGUUAGCGCUAAGGCGCUUUACCACUUACAACAGGUCGUCAGGCAACACACGGCAAUGGCACUCAUUGUAACGUGCGAGGCGGAGAAGCUGCUGUUCCGCAACAACGUGGCCGCAUCGGCGCAACACUUUGCGCUCGCGUUUCUCGCGUCGAUCGGUUCGUUUGGCGAUUUUCCGACCUGCGAGAAGAUGAUCAACAUAUGCUUCGCGUAUUUCAAAAUCCUAACCGAAAAGGGCGAAAUCAAUUCGCGCACGAUGCAGUCCAUUCUCACCUGUCUGCGCAAGGCGAUUGCGAACGUCAAGCAGGAAGUGAACCUCGCCGAGGUGGUGCAACCGGAACUGCUGAACGUCAUCUACCGGAUGGUGCACAUCGCCGACAUCUCGAUCGGUUGCCAGGGAUUAUCUUUGUUGCUGGAAAUCACAGAGCAAAAGGGACGUGAGCAGGAUCGCUUCUACAACGCCGUGUACCGGAAGAUGCUUGAUCCGGAGCUCGCUUCGGUAGGGCCGCGCAUAUCGAGCAUAUUCUUCUACAUAUUGCACCGGGCCAUGCAGUUCGAUCCCAUCCCGGAGCGUGCGAUGGCCUUCAUGAAACGGUUGCUACAGGUGGCGUUCUAUUUUCCACCGUCACGGCUUUGCGGAGCGUUGAUUGUCAUCAGUAAGGUGCUGCGGAAGCGCCGAGGCAUGCUCGAUGGUCGUGUGCCGGUGGUGGAAAUGGAGGAAUCGGCUGAGAAGGAACCGGAUGUGCUGAACGACGCAGCGCAGGACGAUACCGUGAAGAGCGCAAAACCGAAAAGUGCACCAGCUCGGUACGAUGCGUUUGGACGAUCAUCCGAACACGCCGGUGCACAGUUCACGCUCAAGUACGAACUAUCCCGCUACUUGUCGUAUUUCCACCCUACGGUGCAGAAGUUUGCCCAAUCAAUUCUCGACAAUUCUGCGCUGACGUACUAUGGCGAUCCGUUGCGCGAUUUUUCACUGUCGCGCUUCCUCGAUCGGUUCGCAUUCAAGAACCCGAAGAAACCGAAGACGGUCACGGACGAAAACGGCGAGGAGCGAUUACGCCCACGUAUCCUUGGUGUGGUUCAGCGGAAGGCAGACUAUGUGCCUUCCGGAUACCGGGCUCUUCCUGUCAAUUCCCUCACCAAGGAUCAGUGUGCCGAGGACGAUGAGUACAUUUUCCAAUUCCUUGAGAAGAAGCGGUUCCGCAUCCAGCGCGCCGCAGAGCGCAAGAAGGCGAAGGGUCAGAAUAAGGAGGAGGAGGACGAUCUGUCGGAUGUGGAUUCGCUUAACGACGACGAGUUCGAUGAGUACCUCGACAGGUUGGGUGUGCCGGGCAGCAAGGGUGAGGAGGCAGACGUUGACGGGGAGGACGUGGACUUCAUGCAGGAGCUAGAACAGGAAAUGGCGAAGGAUCGCAAGGGCAAAGGCAAGGAAAAGCAGUCUGCUGGUCGGCGCGCCGCUCAGGAAGCACAGGAAGCGGAAGAUGAGGACGGGCUGGACGAUUGGGACGACGUGGGUGAUGACAAAGAUUACGACGAUGCGGAUUCGGAUGAGGAACAGAUGCCACGCAUCCGACGAGACCGGGAUGGAAUGGAGGGUGACGAUGGUGAAUUCAGCGAUGGAGGCAGCAUUUCACUCGAGGAGGAUGAGGACUUCGAUGGCAGUGAGCUGGAGGAAGACGGUAGUGAGCAGGACGACGAGGACGAAGAUGAGCCACCAUCGGCGAAGAAACGCCGAAAGACCGGUGGUAUGGUGAGCGAGCGAGAGUUUGCCCACAAGCUGAAGACGUCCGACAUGAGCUCGUUGUUUGCGGCAGCUGAUGACUUUUCCGAGCUGCUCGAGCGCAACGUUGACCCGCUGGUGGAGGAUGGCCGCAGCGGCAGAAAGAAGAAGGGUCUCGGUGCGGCCAAGAGUGCCGAGAAGAAGCGAUUUGCCGCGCACGGUACCGAUGCCGAGGUGUUUAACCAGGACGAGUCCUCGGUCAAGCAACUCGCUUGGGAAGCGACCCGGUUCAGCGAUCGGGAUUCGAAGCCCUUCGGCGGCGGUAGAGGCAGAUCACAUUUCCAGAAUCGUGGUGGGCGCGGUGGUAGCCGUGGGAUGAAGGGUGGACGAGGACGAGGUAGAGGCGGAAGUGUAGGCAAAAAGUUUGGAGGUGCAGGAAGGCCGAUGGGUAGAAAGUAG